UUUAAGAUGAGUUAAAAGACAAGGAGUGAGGCCUGAAUCACCACACUUCACUUGGCUUGCAGAGUUGCAGUGAACACUCUUUUCAUGUUGUCCUCUGUCAUUCUCAGAACUCAUGCCUCUCCACACAGGCUCACCUCACUCUUCAUCCUUCGAACAAAAACACUUACCCACAUCACAUCACCAUCUUGUGUGCAGUCCACUGUAACACGCGUGUGCUCACUGGUAUACGAUUCUUACCACCACCACUACAACCACGCGAGAUUUUCCCCUCCAACCCUCCACCUCGACGUGGACCCCAAUUCCCUAACUCACGAUCAAGCCGUCACCAUCGUCGCUUCCCUCGCCUCCGACGCCGGUUCAAUGGUGGCAUUGAGUUUCUUCAACUGGGCCAUUGCCUCCUCCAAGUUCCGCCACUUCACGCGCCUCUACAUCGCGUGCGCAGCAUCUCUCAUUUCAAACAAAAAUUUCGAGAAGGCCCACGAAGUCAUGCAGUGCAUGGUGAAGAGUUUCGCCGAAAUCGGGAGGGUCAAAGAAGCUAUUGAAAUGGUCAUCGAAAUGCACAACCAGGGGUUGGCUCCCAGUACCAAAACUCUGAACUGGGUCGUUAAGAUUGUGACUGAAAUGGGGUUGGUUGAGUAUGCAGAGAAUCUGUUUGAUGAAAUGUGUGCGAGAGGGGUGCAACCGAAUUGUGUCAGCUACAGGGUCAUGGUUGUUGGUUAUUGUAAAUUGGGUAAUGUUUUGGAGUCGGAUAGGUGGUUGGGUGGUAUGAUUGAGAGAGGGUUUGUGGUUGAUAAUGCGACUUUGAGUUUGAUAGUGAGGGAGUUCUGUGAGAAGGGUUUUGUGACGAGGGCAUUGUGGUAUUUUCGGAGGUUUUGUGAGAUGGGGUUGAGGCCUAAUUUGAUUAACUUCACGUGUAUGAUUGAGGGGUUGUGCAAGAGGGGUAGCGUGAAGCAGGCUUUUGAGAUGUUGGAGGAGAUGGUUGGGAGAGGGUGGAAGCCGAAUGUGUAUACUCACACGGCUUUGAUUGAUGGUCUGUGCAAGAAAGGGUGGACUGAGAAGGCGUUUAGAUUGUUUCUUAAGCUUGUUCGAAGUGAAAAUCAUAAGCCGAAUGUGCUUACGUAUACUGCCAUGAUUAGUGGGUAUUGCAGGGAUGAGAAAAUGAACCGCGCUGAAAUGCUGCUGAGCCGGAUGAAGGAGCAGGGAUUGGCCCCUAACACGAACACGUACACGACUCUCAUUGAUGGGCACUGCAAAGCUGGGAAUUUUGAAAGGGCAUAUGAGUUGAUGAAUGUGAUGAAUGAGGAAGGUUUCAGUCCCAAUGUUUGUACCUAUAAUGCCAUUGUCGAUGGCCUUUGUAAAAAGGGAAGGGUGCAAGAGGCUUACAAGGUGCUUAAGAGUGGGUUUCGUAAUGGGUUGGACGCUGAUAAAGUUACUUAUACUAUUCUCAUAUCUGAACAUUGCAAACAGGCGGAGAUUAAGCAAGCGUUGGUGUUGUUCAAUAAGAUGGUCAAGAGUGGUAUUCAACCUGACAUUCAUUCAUACACUACAUUGAUUGCAGUGUUCUGUAGGGAAAAAAGAAUGAAAGAAAGUGAGAUGUUUUUUGAGGAAGCUGUGAGAUUUGGACUUGUUCCUACGAACAAAACUUAUACAUCGAUGAUAUGUGGUUAUUGCAGAGAAGGUAAUUUGAGUUUGGCUUUGAAGUUUUUCCAUAGGAUGAGUGACCAUGGUUGUGCUUCGGAUUCUAUUACUUAUGGUGCUCUUAUAAGUGGGCUGUGCAAACAGUCAAAAUUAGAUGAGGCUCGUUGUUUGUAUGAUGCCAUGAUAGAAAAGGGCCUUACUCCAUGUGAAGUUACUCGAGUAACUUUGGCUUAUGAAUAUUGCAAGAUAGAUGACGGUUGCUCUGCUAUGGUUGUUCUUGAAAGGCUGGAAAAGAAACUCUGGGUCCGGACAGUUAAUACCCUGGUCAGGAAGCUAUGUAGUGAGAGGAAAGUAGGUAUGGCAGCGCUGUUCUUUCAUAAGUUACUAGACAAGGACCCUAAUGUCAAUCGUGUAACAAUAGCGGCAUUUAUGACUGCAUGCUAUGAAAGCAAUAAGUAUGAUCUUGUUUCUGAUUUGUCUGCAAGAAUAUACAAGGAAAACCAUUUAGCAAUCAAAGUCAGUAAGUAACAAAAUUUAUGAUGUGAUUUGAUGCUUUCUAAGGUUGGUUACAUCUGGAUCAGUAACCAGUUGGAUUUUGCUGUCGAAGUAUUGGGGUAAAAAAUAUACUUGCUGGAGAUGAUGUGAGAUUUUGGCAUCUUGAUACUGAAUUCUGCAUUCGAUUACUAUGUUAAUGUGAUCAACAUUUGGGGUUAUGAAUGGCACAGAUUCUGUAAUUCAUCAGGUUUCCUUUGAUGAGUUUGUCUAUCACUUAGAUGUGUCAAAGCAAGGACGUCUCUGGUUGAGGUGAGCUGUAAUGGGAAGGUUAUCGUAUCAUUAUUUUGAUUAUUAUAAUUACCUACAUCCUGCAUGAGACCGUUAACUUUGAUAAUGUCGAAAAUCUUGUUGGCUUGUCACCUGUGGAUCCAAUAUGUAUUUAGGGAAAUGGCUGUCUCAAUUGGAUUAUAGGGAAAUGACGUUCUCUUUUGGCUUGUUCAAAUGGCAUAGCGUCACUCACCCUUUAUCCCAAUGGCCUCUCACUUUCUAUCAAUAAGAAGAUCAUAUUUCGUUCAAAGCCACUGCGGAUUUGCAAAUUCAGAAACAAUUCUCUAUUGAAAUUGAUUUGAUGUCUAAGAAAAUUUUUGGUCUACAGCAAUAUAUACAACUAUUAAAAUCUAAGCAUCUCCUAGCAGAUGAAAAACAAAUGAAGAGAGAUAUCAUGCCAUGAUUGUUCAUAUGGUGUUGCCAGUUCAAUAAAUGGUAAUCUGAUACUGGACCACAGGUGGAAGUUUAUUAGAACUCAGUAACAUGCUGUUGUUGUACCAAUGUCAAGAGUCUCAAGACAAGAUACCAUCUUCUGCUGGCAGGUGUAUAGCGUGCAAAUUUGUUGAGGAAAGUGCUAGCUGAUUUGCUUAUGCAAAGGAUGAUGUUGCUGAAAUUCUUCAUACCAAGUGUGGAUUUCAGGCAAUAUCGCAAUCUCUCGUAACGUCAAAUGUGAAGAGUAAGUAUAUUAUAAUAUAUCAUAUCUAUUUUAUCAGCACUGCUUUUUUCCCUGUAUUUUUCUCCCAGUUUGUACUCUGUAGCAUUGUUAUUACAGUGUCUGCAACCUCCAUUCAGGGUUGCUAUUCUUUUAUUUACUUAUUUUAUUUACUUCUUUUUAUGCUAACAUGCGAGACAUUGUAUCUUCCUUUAGAAAUCUUCAAAUUGUAUUUUCCAAAUAAUGAAUAAAUAAUUGAUAAUCUUGGUGUGUCAUAACGUGUUGGUUAUUGUAACAUAGGAGCAACAUAUUAUUUCUCAUUUUUUUUAUCAUUAAUAAUGGACUUAUACACCGCAAAAUAUUAAUAAAACAUAAAUUUUUAUCUUAACUUUAAAGAUAUGUAAAUUAGACAAAAUUUGCAUAAAAUAUUAUAACAAAAAAUAUAUUUGCUGGAAUGCAUGAGAUGGUAUUAUGAUCCAUCAUCCAUCCCGACCCUAUUUAUGAAAUAAGUAUAGGCAGUAAUCUUGUGAGAUCUCCGUUAACAUAGGAAUCUGAGCCUUUCCUAUUUUGCUACUCACAUUUGGAAUAAGUAAUCUUGAAUUUAAUAAUAAUAUGCUUAAGAUUAGUUAAUUGUUUUUAUUUCUCAUGUGUGUGUGUUUUUUUUUUACAAAAAAUUAUCAUGUGUUCUGUACACACAUAGAAAUAAUGAAGUUUAAAUUUGAAAUCUCAGGCAAAUUAUUUAAAUUUCCUAUGACUGGACUGACUUGAAUAGGUAUAUCGUAUCCAUAUCUUAGAAAUAUGAUUAGUAUUUUUUAAGUUAAAUAUGUUUUUUUUUCAUAUAAAUAUAUUAAAGUGUUUUUGUCCUAAUAAAUUUUUUUAUUUGUUUUUCUUUCUUAUAAUAUAAAAUUAUAAUGUAUUAUUUUCUGAGUGUACGUGACUAAAAGUAAGUCACGCAUUAGCUUUAUUAUUUCUUAUUCUUUCUCUUCCUCUUUCUCAUACCCUUCCUCUUCCUCGCCAACACCAACGAUGCCUCCUUCCCCGCCUCCUCCUCCGACGACUCCUUUGACGGAAAGCCCCCACCGCACCCCAAGUAGCACUUCCAACAGCAGCACCAACUUCCUCAACGUCACGACAAGAAGGUCGAGGCCAAGAAGUGCAAAUAGGAGAAGGAGGAGCUCGUCAACAUUUUCUCCCUCAUUGCCUCCUUCAUCUACCUCCUCGACUUCUUCUCCGAGAUUUGUUCUUGUUCUUGAUUCUCGUUGUUGGGCAUUCAAAUCUGUUCAUGUUCUUGAUUCUUGUUCUUGGUCAGAUCUUGUUGUUUUGUGGUGGGGGUGGGUUUGCGACGGUGGAGGAAAAGGUCCAAACCGUUGUUGUUGUGGGUAAGGGUGGUGGGGAAAGGGGGGUUUUGAUUUGAAUUUGGAUGUGUGGGUGGGAUCCGUGAGUGUAAGUGUGUGUGAUCUUUUCUGAUAGUUAUUGUGUUUGUUAUGAGGUGGAGGUAGAGAGAGAGAGAGGUGGUUCAAUUCAUACAUUUUUUAAUUUUUUUCCUUGUAAUUUAUUGUGGCUUUUAAUCCCAAGAAUUUGUAUUUUAAUAUUUAAAUUAAAAAAAUAUUACGUAGGUUUAAAUUUAUCGACACCUA